GCUAAAACUCCAAAACCAUGAUAACAUAAAGUCACUAAACCUCCACUUCCACUGUACUUAGCUUCCACUUUCUCUUAGCUGUUCCUCUGCUCAAGCACACCCUUUUACAAGCAUGGCCAAACCCUAGAUCUGUCUCCCUCACAGCUUUUUCCUGGAAGAGGAGGAGUGUUUGGAGGUUCUGGGUAGGAGAAAGAGAGAGAGAGGGAGGGAGAGGAGGAGAUGAGUGGGGCUUCGACGUCUGUGUCGGUGGCGGUGGCGGGUGGUGGUGAGGGUUAUUUUCGGCCGCCGUUCACGGCGGUGCAAUGGCAGGAGCUGGAACAUCAAGCUUUGAUAUACAAGUACCUUGUGGCGGGCCUGCCCGUGCCGCCUGACCUCGUCGACCCCAUUCGACGGAGCUUUGAGGCCUUGUCCGCCAGGUUCUUUCACCACCCUUCGUUGGGGGGCUAUUGUUCCUAUUACGGGAAGAAAUUCGACCCUGAGCCAGGUAGGUGCCGGAGGACGGAUGGUAAGAAGUGGAGGUGCUCCAAAGAUGCCUAUCCAGACUCCAAAUACUGUGAGCGGCACAUGCACCGUGGCCGGAACCGUUCAAGAAAGCCUGUGGAAUCUCAACCUACUGCUCAGUCCUUGUCGACUGGGAUGUCGCACAUUGCUACUGACUGCAGCAGUGGCAGCGGUAGCUUCAAAAGUAGUGGCAGUGGUACCUUCCAAAAUCUCCCCUUGUUCUCCGUUGUUAAUGCAGAGAAUCUUUGUUUUGGAACCAAUGUAUCAAAGUUACAAAUGGAGCCAGGCCUCUAUGGGAUCAGUAAUAAAGACUACAGAUAUCUCCAUGGAACUGAAGCAGAUGAGCACAAUUUCUCUCCAGAAGUGUCAGGAAGCGUGAAGGGUCUUGAGAUGGACUCCAAUAUCGACAGCCCAUGGCGUCUAAUGUCAUCUCAAGUUCCCUCAAGCCCCUUUUUGAAACCAAGAAAUAAUUCUCAUUUUCCAGAAAAUUCCCCACAGCUUCAAAUUGGGCAAGCUUUUGAGCCCACGGUCAAUGCUACAAUGUCAAAGCAGCAGCAGCAGCAACAUUGCUUCUUCAGUAGCGACAUUGGCUCAAUAGGGCCAGUGGGAGGGGAGCAACAUUCUGUGCGGCCUUUUUUUGAUGAAUGGCCUAAACAUAGAGAAGCAUGGUCUAAUCUUGAUGGUGAGAAAUCCAAUGAGAAUGCAUGCUCCACCACCCAGCUAUCUAUCUCCAUCCCAACGGCUUCCUCUGAAUUCUCUCUGAAGAAUGCUGGUUCCUCAGAUGGUGAGUUAACUCUCGUAGGAGACUAAGCUUGUUGAAUCAUCACCUCAACCUCGCCUUCCAAGCAGAAAUUAAAUAAAUAGAUAAAGCUAUUGGAAUAAGAGUUUGAAACCUCUCUGUUCCAUGUUGUUUAUGCUAGGUGCAGAUGCUUGAAAAGAUGCUAUCAUAAUAAUCCAAGCUGUCCAAGAUGCGGUUUACUAACUUGUUAGUGUACUUUUUCGGAUGACUGUUGUUCGUAUUCAGAUUUGUGUACGUACCUUCAUGUUGUUGGAACUUUAUUGCUUGUUCCAUGUUGGUGUUUGACAUUCACUGAAUCCAAACUUGAUCUGUUGUACAAAUGCAUGCUCAAGUUCUUCAUCCACAAUAA